AUGAAAGAACAGGGUCAAAAGAUUAUCACCCAUGAAGAGUUCCUAGCACAGUGCUGCGACCACCCUGAUGAACUAUUUGACUAUGUUGCUGACACCUUCCACCGCUUUAUUGACCUUGAGAAUGAAUACCACAAGCAGAUGGAUGAAGAGCUUGUCCAGAACCUUCACAAUGAGCUUCAGGACAAAGGGAACCAGAUUGAUGAAUUGAUGGCAGAACAGGAUGAGUACAAGACAGCCUAUGCAGAGAUGCAACUGCAUUCCCAUGGUUCCACUGUGGAGAGCACCAAGCAAUUGAGCAAGUCAGAGAAGGUGCCUGAUCCUCCACUCCUCACUGAUGGCAAGGAGCCUAAGUUUGAGGACUGGAUGAUUGAGAUGAAAGGAAAGUUCAUGGCCAAUGCAGACUGUUUUGAUAACAACCAGAUGAAAUGA